UGUGGGGGGCAGCAAUGCACUAAACCGUGCCUCGUCUGCUGGAAACAAGAAGAAGAAGAAGAAGAAGAAGAAGAACAACCGCCCAAUCUGGUUCGUCGGUUGUGGUCGGCCAGUGAAACCAAAGAAGAAGAGUGCGAGGAGGGCAAUUUAAAAGAGAAACCAUUAUAACCGUCUUGAAAUCCCCGGAUAAUAAACACGUUUAACGUUGGGUCGUCUUCAGAGAGCGACUUUGAUUGUUCUCUUUAAGAGCGGAACUGGUGUUUCUAAGGAUAGUUUCCGACCGGACUAAACCAGGAUGAGUUCCUCCUCCUUCCUCUCUCCUCCCCCCUCUCCUCACCCUGCCCCCCUUCCCCUUUCCUCCUCCUCUCACAUUUGCUGUCCUGAGCUUGACCUGUCCGUCACACUCGGCUCGGCUCCCAAGACCAGCCACACCCACUUUAAGCCCAGCUCCCUGAAGAUUGGUCCGCAAAGUGACCAAUCGCAGCUGAAGCCCCGGCCCCAGACGGGAAGAGGGGCGAACACACAGGUGUUUUUUGAGGAGCCGGUGGAUGUCACGGUAACCAGCAGAGACGCGCCACCUAAGGAGCCAAUCAGAGGUCAGAGGAGGAGCAGAGGAUGUCACCACGCCCCCAGACAACGGUUAGAGUCCCGUGGCGCAGUAUCCAAUCAAGAUCCAGGCUGUCUCGAGAGGGUGGGACUAAACACCACUCUGGCUCUGAAGGCGGAACUUCAGUCGCUGCAGGGGGCUGAGUUUAACUCCCAGAAGGCCAUGCAGGAGACUCUCCGGAGGUCAGAGAGGACCAAAACCCUGAUCAACACCAGAGCUACUGAAGAAGUGAAUGUCUCUCGCUCUCAGGUUCUCUUCACUUCGUUGGUCUGUGUCGAUGUGCAGGAAGAUCAGCUGAUCAGCCAGAUGCUGCCACAUAGGCUGCAGCCAUCCCGCCAUGGCAACAAGGUAGCAGACGGGCCCUCUCUUCUCCUCUUCAUGACCUCUGAUCACCUGAGACAAAAGCCUGUCCCACUAGAGGAGGAGCCUGUCAACUACAAGCCCCGCCCAUUGACAUACCCCGCCUGCUCUACCUUUGACCUCCACAGAAGAGAGAGAUGCUGAGAGGCCAUGCCUAGACACACAGGACAGCUCUGACUGGCAGGAGAUACUGAGAUCCUAUUUUUUUAAAUUAUUAAUAUAAACUGAAAUCUUUUUUUUAGCUACUUUUUAGUUUUUCCAAUAAAGUCUUUUCAAACACAG